AUGAGGUACCGGUAAUUUCAAAAUUCAUCAUAAACUCAUUCAUCAUCAUCAAAUAUCAUCAAUCAUUUGGAAGCAUUUUAUUUCUACUUAAUAUAUAAAAAGUAUUUUUUAAAAUAUAGGAAGACAAGAAUCAUUAUAAUUAAAUUAAAAAAAAAGAUAAUAAAAUUAAUUUUGAAAGAUUAUUUAAAUAAAAGAAAAAGAAAGAAAGAAAAAAUUAACCUAAUAAAUAAACACAAUAAAUAAAAAGACAAUUAAAUAAAUUAAUUAAUUAAAAUAUAUAAAUAAUACAAGAUAAAAAUCAAAUAAAAAAAAUCAAAAUAAAUACAUUAUAAAGCUAAUUUGUUUUUAUGA